CCAACCACCCCAGCUCCCUGGCUCCUCUCCUCCGUAGGUCUCUCCCUCCCCCUCAUCCGGCUGUCCCUAUAGAGAGGGGGGGCCUGUGGCGGCCUGGGCCCAUACAUUGAGCCCUCCCUCCCCCAGUCCGGUCCCUCCUGUCCCCCUCCCCUGGGCCAGGGGGAGGCCAGGGACGCUUGAGUCCCCAUGGCUGGGGGCUGAGGGACCCGUCUCCCCCCCCUCCCCUUCCUCCCUCCCCAGAGCUCCGGGGACCCCCCUCCCUCCCCAGCCACCACCACCUCCUCCUCCCUUCCAUCUUAGACAAGAUGCCUUCCCCCAGCCCCCUCGUUCUCCUGGCUCUCUCUGCUUCCUGCCUGGCCACCCCGGCCCACCCCGACGGACUAUUCCCAGGCCAGGGUCCCUUGGCUCCCCCCUACGCUGUGGUCCUCAUCUCCUGCUCUGGACUCUUGGCCUUUGUCUUCCUCCUCCUCACCUGUCUCUGCUGCAAACGAGGGGAUGUUGGCUUCAAGGAGUUUGAGAACCCGGAGGGCGAGGAGUGCUCCGGGGAGUACACACCCCCUGCGGAGGAGACUUCUUCCUCGCAGUCCCUACCCGACGUCUACAUCCUUCCGCUGGCCGAGGUCUCGCUGCCGAUGCCGGCCCCCCAGCCUUCGCGGUCAGACCUGGGCACCCCUCUGGGUCUGAGCCGUCAGCACCUCAGCUACCUGCAGGAGAUCGGCAGCGGCUGGUUUGGGAAAGUCAUUCUAGGGGAGAUCUUCUCAGAUUUCAGCCCAGCCCAGGUGGUGGUGAAGGAGCUGAGAGUCAGUGCAGGCCCAUUGGAGCAGCGAAAGUUUCUGUCUGAGGCUCAGCCUUACAGGAGCCUGCAUCACCCCAAUGUUCUCCAGUGCCUGGGGCUGUGUGCCGAGACCCUGCCUUUCCUCCUCAUUAUGGAGUUCUGCCAGCUGGGAGAUCUCAAGCGCUACUUGAGGGCGCAGACCCCUGAUGGCCUCUCCCCAGAGCUGCCUCCCAGAGACCUACGUACCCUGCAACGAAUGGGCUUGGAGAUUGCCCGAGGGCUGGCCCACCUGCAUGCCCACUACGUGCACAGUGACCUGGCCUUGAGGAACUGCCUUGUGACCUCUGACCUCACAGUUCGAAUCGGGGACUAUGGCCUCUCUCACAGCAAUUACAAGGAAGAUUAUUACCUGACGCCUGAACGCUUGUGGAUCCCACUGAGGUGGGCUGCCCCUGAGCUUCUGGGGGAGAUCCACGGGACCUUCAUGGUGGUAGACCAGAGCAAGGAAAGCAACAUUUGGUCACUGGGGGUGACACUGUGGGAACUGUUUGAGUUUGGGGCACAGCCGUAUCGGCACCUCUCCGACGAGGAGGUGCUGGCUUUUGUCAUCCGGCAGCAGCAUGUCAAGCUAGCUCGGCCCAGGCUGAAGCUGCCCUAUGGGGACUACUGGUAUGAUGUCCUCCAGUCUUGCUGGCGUCCCCCUGCCCAGCGCCCCUCAGCUUCUGACCUGCAGCUGCAGCUAACCUACCUUCUCUCUGAGCGGCCCCCCAGACCCCCGCCACCCCCACCCCCACCCCCACCCCGGGACGCACCCUUCCCCUGGCCCUGGCCUGCCCCUCCUGCCCCACCAAGGCCCACGGCCCUCUCCUCUCCUUUCCCCCUCCUCGAUGGCUUUCCGGGGCCUGAUCCUGAUGAUGUCCUCACUGUCACUGAGAGUAGCCGUGGCCUCAACCUCGAGUGCCUCUGGGAAAAGGCUAGGCGGGGUGCUGGCCGUGGCGGGGGUGGUGGGCCGGCUCCCUGGCAGCCGGCCUCUGCCCCUCCUGCCCCCCAGGCUGCCCCCUCGAAUCCUUUCUAUGAGGCCCUGGCCACCCCCAGUGUCCUCCCAGUCAUUAGUGCCCGGAGCCCCUCCGUGGGCAGUGAGUACUAUAUCCGCCUGGAGGAUCAUGGCUCCCCCCCAGAGCCCCUCUUCCCUAAUGAUUGGGACCCCUUGGAUCCGGGCGUCCCGGCCCCCCAGACCAACCAGGCCCCUGCUGAGGUCCCUCAACUUGUGGCGGAGACCUGGACCUCCCCGCUUUUCCCCCCUCCACGGUCCUUCCCCCCAAAGGCGUCAGGUAGCUUCCUGCUCAGUGGUUGGGACCCCGAGGGCCGGGGAGCUGGAGAGACCCUAGCUGGGGACCCUGCCGAGGUGCUGGGCGAGCGAGGCACAACCCCCUGGGGGGAGGAGGAGGAAGAGGAGGAAGGGGAGGAGAGCUCCCUAGGGGAAGGGAGUAGCAGUGGGGGGCGCCGAAGCCGCCGGGGCCCCCUCCCCUGCCCUCUCUGUAGCCACGAGGGGCCCUGCUCCUGCCUUCCACUCCAACGUGGGGAGAUGGUAUCUGGCUGGGGGGGGCACCCAGCUCUGGGCUGUCCCAACCCCCCCGAGGACGACUCCUCGCUAAGGGCUGAGCGGGGGUCAUUAACUGACCUCCCCUUGCCCCCCCCCUCUUCGGCCCCCCCCGAGUUCCUGGACCCCCUAAUGGGGGCGGCGGCGCCCCAGUACCCCGGGCGGGGGCCACCCCCGGCCCCCCCCCCCCCUGCCGCCGCCACCGUCCUGCCCUGCCCCCCUCCUCCCGCCCGGGCUCUCCCAGACCCAGCAGAAUCACCCGAUGCCCCCUGACUUGGCAGCCCAGGAUCCGGCCUCUCGUUUUUCUUUUUUGUUUCUUUUUAUUCUCUAUUUUUCUCCGGGGCCCCCAAGCCGGGGGACAGCGGCACGAGAACGGAGACCCCCUUCUCCCCCGAGGGGGCAUUCCCAGGUGGGGGGGCGGCGAGGAGGAGGGGGGUCCCUCCGCCCCGGGCUCCCCCCGAGCCCCCCGACCCGGGAGCCCCCAGACCUCCCCCCGACCCCGGGCCCUCUCCAGGCUUCCUGGUCCAGGUGAGCACAGAGCAGCUUCUGCUGACCUUGAGGGAAGACGUGACCCGCAACGUCCUGGGGGAGAGCGCAGCCCCAGGGCCAGCAAGUCCCAGGAAACAGGGAGAAAGUCCUGGGGGAACAGGGAUAAGAAAGUGUCAGAGAACGGGGGACAGAGGCCCCCAGGAGCUGGGAGAAACUGCUGGAGAACGGGGGGCAGACACCCCCAGGAAGCAGAGAGACAAUAGUGUGAGAACGGGGUACGAGGGACCCCCAAGGAGCAGAGAGACAAUAGUGGAGAACGGGGGGCAGACACCCCCAAGGAACGGGGAGACAGUAGUGGAGAACGGGGGUACAGGGACCCCCAAGAGAGGGGAAGAAAGCAGCCGAGAAUGGGGAAGAUCCCCCAGGGAGCAGGGGAGAGCUGCUGGAGAACGGGGGCAGACACCCCCAAGGAGCGGGGAGACAGUAGUGGAGAAUGGGGGGCAGACACCCCCAGGGAGUGGGAAGACAGUCCCCGAGUGUGGGGAUCCAGUCCCAGGGAUCCAGGAGAGAGCCCUGGGGAAUGGGGAGAGAUUUCUGGGGAAUGGGGAUCAGCAAGUCCCAGGGAGCAGGGAGAAAACCUCCAGUACCGAGAGCCCGGCCAGGACCCUGGGGACCGGCGAGCCAGUGCCCAGGAGUGGAGGGCAAGCUCGCGGGAGCGGGAGGAGAGUCCCACCAGGGCCUGGGAGGCUGGGCCCCGAGAAUGGGCUCCAAGCUCCGGGGGCCCACGGGAAGGCCCCAGACGCAGGACCCGGAGGCGGCGGGGACGGAGGAACCGUGCCCCCCGGCGAGAGGAGGCUGGAGCUGCGGAGGCCGGAGCUAGCUCUUCCCCUGCCCCGGGAGGCACCAGCACCCGGGGGAGACGCCGGGGACCCAGGCGCCCAGGCAGACGGCGCCGCGGAAACCGGCGGAGACGGGGACCCCCCCAACCAGGGGAGGAAGGGCCCCGAGAUGCCUCGGCUCUUCCUGGAUUUGGGCCCACCCCCGGGGAGCAGCGAGCAGAUCAAAGCCAAGCUGUCUCGCCUGUCGCUGGCCCUGCCCCCGCUCUCGCUUACCCCGUUCCCGGGCCCGGGCCCUCGACGGCCCCCCUGGGAGGCUGGGGACGCCGGGGUCCCUGGCGCGGAGUCCGGCGGCCCGGGGGCCCUGGGGCUGGUGGAGGACGGGGAGGAGGAGGAGGAGGAGGAGGAGGACGACGGGGCGGCCGUCGCGGAGGGCGAGGAGGCGGCGGCCCGGGGCCCUGGGAGGGGCCGGGCAGCCCCGGUGCCCAUCGUGGUGAGCAGUGCCGACGGGGACCGGAGCCGCCCGCUCCGGGGGCUCCUCAAAUCGCCCCGAGGGGCCGACGAGGCCGAGGAGAGCUUGGAGCUGGACCGGAAGCGCAAGAUGGUCUCCUUUCAUGGGGACGUGACCGUCUACCUCUUCGACCAGGAGACCCCGACCAACGAGCUGAGCGUCCAGGCUCCCCCCGAGGGGGACCCGGACCCUUCGACACCCCCAGCCCCGCCGACACCUCCCCAUCCCCCCAGCCCUGGAGAUGGGUUCCCCGACAGCGGCUUCGGAGGCAGUUUCGAGUGGGGGGAGGAUUUUCCCCUGCUCCCCCCACCAGGCCCCCCACUCUGCUUCUCCCCGCUUCCGUCUCCACCUGCACUGGAGACCCCAGGGCCGCCAGCCAGGCCCCCCCGACGCCGUCUGCCCCGCAGGUACUUUCCUGCUCCCACACCUUCUGCAGAAGGGCAGCAUGGAGCAGGCGAGAGCAGUAGGCAGGCCGGUCUGGCCAGAGCCAGGAAAUAG